CACACGGCAGUUGCAGGCUACAUGCAAAUCUCACGUCGGCCAAGCGGUGUUGGGUGUUCCUCCCUAAUUCUUCCUCCCCUUCCUUCGCGGCUUCGCUUCCGUUUCUCGCAGCGAGGCGAAUCCCAAAUCCGCGCCGAUCCAACGCGAAUCAACCGAGAGGCAAGGGGACACGAUUCGAAUCGAGACGAGCGCCAUGAACCCGAGAGGCUACCGUAGCAACAGAACUUCUCUCUUCGAUGGCAUUGAGGAAGGUGGAAUCCGAGCAACAUCCUAUUCUUCCCAUGAGAUAGAUGAACAUGAAAAUGAUCGAGCUAUUGAUGGACUGCAGGAUCGUGUCAGCAUUCUUAAGCGGCUGUCAGGUGACAUCCAUGAGGAGGUGGAGACUCAUAACAGAAUGCUAGACCGCAUGGGGAAUGAUAUGGAUACAUCAAGGGGUUUUCUCUCAGGAACUGUGGACAAAUUCAAGAUGGUGUUUGAGACCAAAUCAAGUCGGAGGAUGGGAACCCUGGUGGCAUCAUUCGUUGCUCUUUUUCUGCUGGUUUACUACUUGACCAGGUAGAAGCAUCCCCGAGGAAACCUAUGUUGGCUGGUGUGUUGAAGAACAUGCUGGAAAUUGAUAUGUACCGGUCGACUUACGAUGCAGUAUAUUAUACCCUUGGGAACUCACUUUUUUGAAUGCAAAGUACGUUGAUCCUGGUGUUGCGAAUUGUAUAACGAUCACAGCGUGUUGGAUGGACUCUUUGCACUGCUGCUGUAACUGAAGAAACUGGAUUCACCUUUGUUGUCUGUUCCUCUGUUAUCAUGCUGUGCGUGGUACAAGCAGUGCACCCACCUGUAAUGUUUACCAAGAUGUAUCCAGUUGGUUGCCUUGUAGCUGGACUUGUUUAUUUAAUAAUAGUUGUAUAGAACGAAGCUUGUUUGAGGACCUG